CACAUUACACACCACUGGUGGCUGACUGGCUGGUCAAAUGUGUUUAAAUAUCCGCGCCAAGAGCAACCACAAUUUUAACCGACACCACCUUGUGUUCGUCUCGCAUAGCGUUGAGAAAAUUUGGUAAAUUUGUGCUCAGCAUAACAGCAGAAUGGCAGCGAAUGUGCGGGGGAAGGAAAACAAAAUCCGCAUGGGCACAUCUUCACGCGUCCUGAGUGUGUCAGCAGAAUCAACCAGCAGCAGUCAAGGAACAGCUCGCAGUCGUCAGCCUCAGCCUGUUGCAAACAGCGUGCAGCAUCCUGUGCCCAAACCAAGACCGAUGUCAGGGCCUCAGAUGGUUGUCAGAAAAGCUCCAACGACGCAGCUGAGAAGUGGAAAUGUGCCUAUGAUUGGGGCCAACAGACAACCAUCCUCAUCUACGGUGAACACUAGCAAACCAUACCACCCUGUUCCUGCGCCAAGGAAAAGUAUCCCAGUCAUGAAAACCGCAAAGCCACCAACCCCCAAAAACUCGGUGCCAAUCGCCACGCCAGUUCUGACCCUACCAGCAAUCCCCAAAGAAAAUAAGGAGAGUCAAGGUGCUAUUAAAAAACCUAUGCCUAACUCUAACCCUUCAAAAAAUGGGCCAAGUGAAGCUGGGAGCAGUGCUUCCUCUCAGCAGCAACCUCAAAGUGAUUCCCUAAAACCUCAGCAAGAAGAGCCUGCAUCACAAAGUUCAAGCAAACGCUGGACACUAGAAAAUUUUGACAUUGGUAGAGGACUGGGAAAAGGAAAAUUUGGUCAAGUGUAUCUGGCCAGAGAGAAAAGCUCUCGUUUUGUUGUUGCUAUCAAGGUUUUGUUCAAGAACCAAAUCAAGGAGGCCAAAGUUGACCACCAGCUGAGGAGGGAAAUCGAAAUCCAGUCUCAUUUAAGGCAUCCCAACAUCUUGCGCAUGUUUGGCUACUUUCACGAUGAUGCUAGAGUUUACCUCAUCCUUGAAUACGCUCCUGGAGGAGAACUGUACCGCCUCAUGAAGAAACAGCCCAACCAGCGCUUUGAUGAACCCAUGGCUGCAAAACUGAUUGCACAGCUCACUGAUGCACUCAUUUACUGUCAUUCGAAGAAUGUCAUCCACAGAGACAUCAAGCCUGAAAACCUCCUACUUGGUGCAGGCAACUCUUUGAAGAUUGCUGACUUUGGGUGGUCAGUCCACGCCCCAUCUUCCAGGAGGGACACGGUUUGUGGCACCUUGGACUACCUUCCUCCAGAAAUGAUUGCUGGCCAAACUCAUGAUGAAAAGGUGGACAUCUGGAGUGUUGGAAUCCUCAGCUACGAGUUUCUGGUUGGCAAGCCUCCGUUUGAGGCGAAGGACUAUGACGCUACCUACAGCAACAUCCUCCAAGCGCCUGUUAGAUUUCCAUCGCACGUGUCUGAUGGUGCCAAAGACCUGAUUAUCAAGAUACUGCAGCGGAAGCCAAAUAGAAGACUUCCACUUGCUGACAUUUUGGCGCAUGAGUGGGUCGUCAAGUUCUCCAAAGAAGCAUCAAAUGUGAUAAUCAACUCCUCAGAGCAGCCAAGUGGGAGUAAGUGAAAUGAAUUUGUAAAUUAUAGUAAUAAGAUCUAUGCUUUAUUGGACAAUCAAUACACUUAAUUACUCUUACAGCAAAUCAAUGAUCACAAUAACAAGAAAUUAAUAUGAUAAUAACACUGAAUACCGAUGGUUGAUGUAAUAUAAUUAUAUUUCAAUAUACACUUUUUUAUUUUUAUCACUGUCAGGUAUGUUGAUGUCAAAUCAACGCAAUGUUACACUCUUGUUCUGCAUUACCUUUUGUUAGCUGAAUAAUUCACUUUCUUACAUUACUGACUGUUGAUAGUGAGGGACCAAGUUUGGGCAACUGUCAAUCUGAAUGAAUGAUUUCUCUUUCUUAUUCUAUAGUAGAUACACUUAUUGUACAUAUGAGAUGAAACCAUGGGAGCUACAAGUAUUUUUAAUAAUUGAUAAGACUCCUGCGAUCGGCUUAAGUUACACACCAUUUUUGCUUUGCAAAUAAUUUGCUCAUUAUGAAACAAGAUCUUUGGCACUUAAAAGAUUUUGAGGAAAAAAUAAGUGCGGGUUGUGUUACAAACAAUGAAAGAAUAUUAGAAGCAGUUCGUGGAGAGACAAGACGCCACUGAAUCGCUCUGAAUUAUUCUCGCUACAACUCAAGAAAUGCAAUAUCAAGUGGUAUAAUUUUGUACUUUACUCGUGUUUUUUAAAAAUUAAAAUAUAGAAUAUUGCAUUUGUACCAGUGUGAUUGUUUGAUAAAAAAUUGAAUUACACAAUUUAUUUUAACUCUUGCGUCAGUAAAACUCGAAUCUUGUGUUUCUCUUUGAAAUAAAUUACUAGUACUCGUGUUCAUCUGAGAA